GUACGGCCAUAAAUUCCUCAAGGCACUGGGCGCAGGCUUUGUCGCUGCUGAAAGACUUACAGGAUUUGCGCCUAGCAGAUCUCAUUGCCACCAGUGCAGCCAUCAACUCAAUAGGACGCAGAAGUGCUUGGCGUUGUGCGACCGGACUGCUUCCGCGCAGCGCAGAUGUCAUCGCGUUCAACGCUGCGCUCAAAGCUCUUGCAACACGUUGGCGCCAGGCUCCACUUCGCCGCGAUGGGGCUUCAGGACAUGGCGAUAUCAUCGCUGCAGAGCGAUAUCAUCUCGAUGAACUCGAUGGUCAAUGCUUCACGGCGGAGAAUGCUUGUGCAAAGGCCAGCUUAUGGCAAUGGGUCACGUUGCAGCUUCAAACAACCCAGGACAGGGUCACCUACUGCUGCUGCAUCAGUGCGCUUGAAAAGGAUUGUGAAUGGCAGCGAGCGCAGCAGCUCUUCUGGGAGCUUCGACACACAUUUUCCUGCGACCUCAUAGCGUACAAUGCCAGUAUGAGUUCCUACGAAAAAGCAGGGAACUGGGACCUGAGUUUGCUGCUUUUCGAUGAUCUUAAGGAACACAGGCUUUCUCCUGAUGUCAUCACCUUCAAUGCUGCCAUCAGCAGUCAGCAAGCUCAAUGGCAAUUUGCCAACCAUCUCUUGGACUCACUUCGGCUUCAGCGUGCUUACCCAGAGGUCAUCAGCUACUCCGCUGCAACCCACUGCUGCGCUUUGGCAUCCUCGUGGCAACACGCGGUGCAAACGGCCGCCGGUCGCGGCGCCGAUGCGGUUACCGGCCACGAUGGCCGUGGCCGGCGUGGCCCGAAAGACAUUCCCUUCUUGGAGAAGCUUGUGAAGAAAUGCAUUGAAGGCGGCAAAGCAUAUGUAAAAUGCAUCCACAAGGGAUUUUGUGGCAAAUUGCAGUGGCAGAACAAGAUGUGGUCUGUUCAGAGCAUCACAAGUGAAGUGAGUGAAUCGAUCAAAGGUGUCCAAUUCCACAAGGGUGCAAUGAGAGCUCAUUUCAAAGACAAUGGUCCAAAGCAAAUGGAUGUGUUCAUUAAUGCUGAUUCAGAGUAG